CUUUCUCAGCCUUCAUUAUCUUCGGAAGGACACCGGUCGAAAGUUUUUUGGAUGUCAACAGUGGAAGCUCGGAGGCGGAGGAGGGUGUGGAUUCUUUGCUUGGAAAGAGGAAAAUGAAAUCCAACAAAUAGGAAAUCAAAAUUUCAGCUUGCACGAGGUCAAAAUAGUGCUAUAUGAUCUACGGGAGCAAAUGAUUAACAUCUGUGCUGAAGUUUCUCAUGUCAAAGCAGCUCUCCAUUGCAAGAUUGAAGAAAAUAAAAGAUUUAGAUACUCUAUAGGAGUUCUGAUAGUUGUGGUUGUAGCAAUGGGUAUUUUCAUGUAUGUAGGAGUACAGAGAUGAAACUGAUGGCAUUGUAAACAUCUUAUGUUUA